UUGCUAUUGCUGCUAUUGAUUCAAGAUGAAAUUCUCUCUAUAAUUUUUGAGAAUUUCAGUUCAGCAUUUGAAUAACCUGUAUUCAAUACAUUGUACUCAAGCUGUCAUAAUUUAAUGACAAUUCAAGUGUUCCUUGUGUUAAUCACAGCAUGCCACUGGCUGUUAGUGCCUUGCAUUUCAGCCUGAGUGAGAAGUAGACCCAGAGAUAGAGCCACAGUGUGCUACCACCCUUUGUUUGAUCAAGACUGGACAACAAAUACACAGAACAUGAAGAUAUUGGUGCCCAAAUAAAUGUGACAAAAUCAAGUUAAUAAACACGGAUCAGCCACAACAAUAAAACCACUGACAGGUGUUUAAAUACCAUUAGUCAUCUUAUCACAAUGUGAUGUUCUGCUGGGAAACCUUGGGUGCUGCCAUUCAUGUGAAUACCACUUGACAUGAACCACCCAUCCAAACACUGUUGUGGACCAAAUACCCCCCCUCAUCACAACAGCACUACCCGAUGGCAGUGGCCCCCCUGCAGCACAAUGUGCCUCAACACACUGCAAACACUUCUCAGGAACAGCCGGAGGAAUCCCAAUCUGAUUGAGCAACUGUAAGACGUGCUGGAGCAGGUAUGAUCCAUGGAGGCCCCAUCCCACAACAUACAGGACACAGAGGAUCCACUAUGAAAUGGCCUGGUGCCAAAAUAUAAUGCCUUAUCAGUGUAUUUUGAUGUUAAUAUUUCCUCUUGACAAUUUUCAGAAAAUUAUGAACCUUAAAUAUCAAUGAUAUAUUAGACAACACUACAGUUCAGGCAGAGCUGGUGCUCAUUCAGAUGGGACAAUAGCCUCUCCAACAACAACAACAAUAAGUGUAUCAGAUUACAUUUCCAGGGAAUCACUGAGUCACAUGUGAACCAACAGCAUCCAGCAGAGGACUGACUCACCUGACUCACCUGAGAAAAACCAGAAAACAGUUUGUCGGUGUGUGUGUGUGUCUCUCUCUUUAGUACAGAACCACAGACAGACGAUCAGAUCCACCUUCAGACUGAACUAAUGUCCUCUGAGUGAGUUCAUCUACAGGAGAGAGGAGGAGGAAAAUACAAUACUGCAGACGCUUCACACACUGAAGCGUCACUCAGAGACUAAAUGGUUUCCAGGUUAGAGGAGGAUCUCUGCUGUCCGGUGUGUCGUGAUGUCUUCAGAGAGCCUGUCGUUCUGUCAUGUAGCCACAGCUUCUGUAAAGACUGUCUGCAGAGAUGCUGGGUAGACAAAGAAAUCAGAGAAUGUCCACUUUGUAAGAGAAGAUCUUCAAGGAACCAUCCACCUUUAAACCUGGUGUUAAAGAACCUGUGUGAGACCUUCUUACAGGACAGAGAUCAGAGAGCUUCAGAGGAUCUCUGCAGUCGGCACUCUGAGAAACUCAAACUCUUCUGUCUGGACCAUCAGCAGCCGGUGUGUCUCGUCUGCAGAGACUCAGAACAACACACCAACCACAGAUUCAGACCCAUCGAUGAAGCUGCACGACAACACAAGAAGGAACUUCAGGAAACUCUGGAGCCUUUAAAGAAGAAGUUAAAGGUUUUUGAAGAAGUUAAAGUGGAGUUUGAUCAGACAGCAGAACACAUGAAGGUCCAGGCCCGACACACAGAGAGGCAGAUCAAGGAUCAGUUUAAGAAGCUGCACCAGUUUCUAGCAGAGGAAGAGGAGGCCAGGAUGGCUGCACUGAGGGAGGAAGAGGAGCAGAAGAGUCAGAUGAUGCAGGAGAAGAUGGAGGCUCUGAGCAGAGAGAUAGCAGCUCUUUCACACACAGUCAGAGCCACAGAGGAGCAGCUGAGAGCUGAAGACGUCUCAUUCCUGCACAACUACAAGGCUGCAGUGGAAAGAGUCCAGCAGCGCCUCCUGCUGGAGGAUCCACAGCUGCCCUCAGGAGCUCUGAUAGACCAGGCCAAACACCUGGGCAACCUGAGCUUCAACAUCUGGAACAAGAUGAAGGACAUGGUCUCCUACACUCCUGUGGUUCUGGACCCAAACACUGCUCAUCCAAACCUCAUUCUGUCUGAAGACUUUAGCAGUGUGAGACCAAAAGAGAGACAGAAGCUUCCUGAUAAUCCAGAGAGGUUUGAUGUGUACAGGUCUGUCCUGGGCUCUGAGGGCUUUAACUCAGGGACUCACAGCUGGGACGUCGAGGUUGGAGACAGUACAUGCUGGUUACUGGGUGUGUUAGCAGAGUCUGUCCAGAGGAAGGGAUUCAUACAGUCUGGAUUAUGGAGAAUACAGUUAUAUGAAGGUAAAUACUCAGUGGGGUCACCAUCAAAUCCACCGACUGAUCUCGUAGUGCAGAAGAAGCUCCAGAGGAUCAGAGUGAAUCUUGACUGGAACAAAGGAAAGCUGUCGUUCUCGGAUCCUGAUACUGACACACACCUACACACCUUCACACACACUUUCACUGAGAAGAUGUUUCCAUUCAUUGGCACUGUGGAUGAACUCUCACUGAAGAUGUCACCCCUGAAGGUGUGUGUGACAGUGGAACAGAGCAGGUAAAAAAGUAUUUCAUCUCUGGAAAGAUGGUCCUUAAAUAAAACUGUCUCUCUCUGCAGUAGAAAGACAAAUAGUUUUAAACUUGAUGCUACAUGAGCAGAGAAAACAGAGUAAAAGGACUGUGGUGUUCACUUCAACUCAAAGUUAGAAAGACAGCAACACCCAGAGUUCACAGCACUGCACCUGAUUGGACGGGGCUUGGUUUUGGAUUAGAGAAAGUUCUGAAAGAGGAGACAGUGAGGCGGCUGGAUGGUGACGAACAAUAUUGUGUUGGAGCUGAACAGUGAAAAACUAUAAUAUCCACAAUGUUGUUUCCAUAAAAGUGUUACUGAAAACAUUCAGACACUGAAGUUCUCAAAUACUGUACAAAUUUGAAGUACUUCUGCUUUAUAUCAAUAUUCAGUUUUCUAGCUAAAUCUACUUUUGUACAGUACAUGUGAAUAUAUGUAUCAGUAACUUUAACUUGUAAUUUUGGUACUUUAGUAGAUUUAAUAUAAAGCAUUUUAAUAAUCUUACUCAAGUACUAUUCAUAUGGGUCACUGCAGUUGUGUGUGUGUCGAAGAAGCUUUUCUAUUAUAUAUUUGUUUUUUCAAAAUGUCCACAAACGAGGUCCCCUCUAAGAUCGUGGAGACAUGUAGUGCCCUGUUUCUGAUAUUGACCAGUAUGUGUGUG